AUGUUGGCCAAAUUUUGCCAACCACCGCACUCCGGUGCCGUAAAAUAUUGCUUGAAAUUGCCAGCUUUUGAGGAGCCACUACUUGCUCCCAAUAAACACCGCUUUGAAUGUCCAGAAGGUACGAAAUCCCACCACAGCAAAGACCAGGGUGUAAAGUUCAUGGACCGAUCUCAUGCUGUUUGA